GGGAAACGGGUGAGCGCGCGUAGAGAGACAGCGCGACCACAGCCACAAGUUUAUCAGUGUAAGAUUCACAACGUCCGAGUAUUCGGACCGCGAGUAGUAUUUUGUUAUGCGUAAAAGUUAUUUUCUUACUGUAGCCUAUGCUCCGACAAUUCGCCCGGGCGUAUGAGAAUGUUCUUUUAACAAUCGUACAAGCGCAAAUGUUGUUCACUAUCUCUAUCUCACUCAUUCACUCUCCACCUCUCCCCAGCCCAUCACUCUCCACCUCUGCCCAGCCCAUUACUCUCCACCUCUCCUCAGCCCAUGACUCUCCACCUCUGCCCAGCCCAUCACUCUCCACCUCUGCCCAGCCCAUUACUCUCCACCUCUGCCCAGCCCAUCACUCUCCACCUCUCCUCAGCCCAUCACUCUCCAACUCUCCCCAGCCCAAUGCUCACACCCUGGCUGAACAAGCGCUUACUCUCUAGCCGCCAGUGAAGGCUCGAGGGUCGUCGGAUUCCUGUGAACGAAAGGAUGCGGUGCCGCAUGUCUUUUGGACAAGGUUCGGUUGGGAUCUAUCUAUGGAUGGCGGUCCUUUUCAAAGGGUCCCUACAGGGGGAGCACCAGCGCAGACUGUACAAGGAGCUGAUGGCCAACUACAAUCGUCUGGAGAGACCAGUGAUCAACGACUCCUCUCCUCUUCUGGUGGAGCUGGGAAUGACUCUGUUGCAGAUCAUAGAUGUGGAUGAGAAGAACCAGGUCCUGAUGACCAAUGCUUGGCUACAGCUGUACUGGACUGAUGUGUACCUGAGCUGGAACCCAGAGAAAUACCCUGGGGUUCAGAACCUACGUUUCCCCUCCAGCCAGAUCUGGACCCCUGACAUCCUCCUCUACAACAGUGCUGAUGAAAGGUUUGAUGCUACCUUCCACACUAACGUGCUGGUGAAUGCGUCCGGUUACUGCCAGUACAUACCGCCGGGCAUCCUGAAGAGUACCUGCUAUAUUGACGUGCGCUGGUUCCCCUUCGACGUCCAGAAGUGUGACCUGAAGUUUGGCUCUUGGACCCACAACGGCUGGCUGCUGGACCUCCAGAUGCUGGACGUGGACACGUCUACCUACAUACCCAACGGGGAGUGGGACCUCGUGGGAGUCCCGGCCAAGCGUAAUGAGCUGUACUAUGACUGCUGUAAGGAGCCCUACCCUGACGUCACCUUCACGGUCACCAUGCGAAGACGAACCCUCUACUACGGUCUCAACCUUCUCAUCCCCUGCGUCCUCAUCUCUGGCCUGGCCCUGCUGGUCUUCCUGCUGCCCGCCGACUCAGGGGAGAAGAUCUCCCUGGGUAUCACAGUCCUGCUCUCUCUAACAGUCUUCAUGCUGCUGGUUGCUGAGAUCAUGCCUGCCACCUCAGACUCUGUGCCUCUCAUCGCUCAGUACUUUGCCAGCACCAUGAUGAUAGUGGGUCUGUCUGUAGUGGUGACUGUUCUGGUCCUGCAGUUUCAUCACCACGACCCUCAGGGCGGAAAAAUGCCCAGAUGGGUCAGGGUAGUGCUUUUGAACUGGUGUGCUUGGUUCCUGCGUAUGAAACAGCCAGGCGAGGAGCGUAAACCGGCAGGCUACAAGUACCGCCACACUCCACAGCACCACUCCAGCGCCAGCUCCAUCGAGAUGGGACCCAUGGGCACCAUUACGGGCCUCACCACGCCCCUCUCCCAGGCCCCCUGUGCCACAUGCCCCACCGGCACCUCCAACGGCAGCAUGAGCCUCUACUUCAGCUACCAUGCCGUGGAGAGCGCCCGUUGCCCCCCCUCCAGUGAUUCAGGAGUGGCGUUGGGGGGGCGGGCCCAAGGGACCCCCUGCGAGGAGGCUGAGCCCCCAGGGGGAGGUGCUGGAGGAGGAGGAAGGGGGUUGAUCUUUACUCCUCCUCCCGAGGUCCUUCAGAUCCUGGAGGAGGUGUCGUAUAUUGCCCAGCGCUUCAGGGACCAGGAUGAGGAAGUGGCGAUCUGCAGCGAGUGGAAGUUUGCUGCUGCCGUGGUGGACAGACUGUGUCUGGUGGCCUUCACUCUCUUCUCCAUCGUUGGCACCUUCACCAUUCUCAUGUCUGCUCCCAACUUCUUAGAGGCCGUCACCAAGGACUAUUUAAAGAAAUAGUGUCAAUAUGUUCAACCAUAUAUGCCAGCUUCCCGGACACAGAUUAAGCCUAGGCCCGGACUAAGAACCACUUAGCAUGCUUUUUAGUAUACGACUAGACUUUCUCUGUGUAUGGGAAACCAACCUUAUGUUCUAUCCAGAUUACUCUGGAGUAUAUUUGAGAAAAAUGGAUUUAAUGUAAAUAGAUGUAUACUGUACAUGUAUCAAUGCAAGGGUUGUCCAUAGUCCCUUUCCUCUCCUUAGAUCCAGCUUAACUGAGGUUGUUCCUGUGUGUUGCUUUGCCAUCCAGAUAUCUCAUUACAAUAUCAACUCGCCGUUUGAACUUUGGAUUCCUGGACCUCCAAUCCACGACCUUCAGAACUUUGAACUGUCUUGGACGUUCUGGACUGUUGUCAGCAUUAUGUGGUGUGGUUAAGGUAACUGUCUAUUUACAGAGAUGUUUCACUGUGACUUUAUGAGCUUCUUAUUGUUUUUUUGGGACUGUUUUACUUUCACUAUAUUGUAAGUUUGUAUGUACACACUGUUUACUUUUUGCUUGUCGAAGCUAAAUAGCAUCGAA